AUGGCUGUCAAACGGGGUACACAAGUAUGCUUUGGCGUCGUAAUUCCCUCAUCGACCUCGACCUCGCCCCGCCGCCCGAAGUGCUCAGGCAACUCUUCAUCCUCAGCAACGGCUAACCGAACCGCUGUCGGCCGCAGCGAGACGCCCUCGACUUCACCAGAGCCCGGCGUUAAGAAGGAGGAGGAGGUCGGCGCGGACGACGGAUCGGCAGAGCCUGAUGGCCGUCAGACGCACCAAAAGGGACUUGCUGACAAGCUCGCCAAGACAGUAAUCCUGCUCGGUUUGGCCGACCGAAGCGAUCGUACGUUGAGGUGGAUGCCCUCGAAGCUGGAGGAGACGCGUCUCCAGAACCUAGCUUCCACUCAGGAGCGACUUGCCACCUACGGGUCGUUGCGACUCUGUCUGCUGCCCGAAAAGAAUCUUGGUUGCCGCUCGCCAGGCCGCGCUUUCGUCACCUGCGACGACGCCGAAUACGACAUCAACGCACGCUAUACGGUCUAUGUGCGGGUCAGCAAGACUGCUCGUGAGCGCUGGCAGCCUUAUGGCGUCUACAAGUAUCUCUGGCACAGCUUCGCAUUGGCAGACGACUACACCCGACUCGACGACCGCCCCGACCUGCAAGAAGACAUCAUCAAGGUCUUCCUCAACUACCUCCAGCGUAACGAUAUCUUCGCCCGAUGGGUCUUCGAGAACGUGUCGCUUGACGGCACAAGCGAUGAGACUACGCGAUAUGAGCGGUACGUGGCUUUGCAGGCUGCACUCGAGGAGGAAAAGCGCGCCAUAAUCGAGCGCUGCUUGCGGGCAGGCGAAGGCUUGCAGAUGUUCUGGGGAGUGCUUGUGUGGGACGGUCCGGUCAGGCAGGACGAGCUCCGCGACAUCAUGACGCGGCGAGACGAGCGGCGCGCGGAAGAAGCAGUGGAGGAGUAG